CCCGCCUCAGGAUGAAGAAUGCUCUCUGGAUAGUGACUCGUCGCUAAAUGUGCCUGACCAGGAUCGGCGGUGCCCGAACUGGCGUCCCAAAAGUGGAGAAUUUGUCCUGUGUAACUGGAUUAAAAAUGAGAUCAAAUAAUGUAACAUAAAAGGCAGUCAUUUGUUGGAAGCACGAAACUCCGCUCGAGUAGCAACAAGUGUGGCAACUCACUAGUUUCUUUCUUCUUUUCAUCGUGACUCUUCGUUUCGUUUUUAGUUCACUGUACUCCCUUUGACCCAAUUUCCACACCUUUCCGUUCCGUCGCGGGCGUUGUGCUUUCAGCUGGAUCUCAUCAUUCGGACUCACGCCAAUAUAUCGCCAAAGUUUCACAUCACUCAUUCUUCGACUCAAACAUCAGCAAACUUGCAUUAUACACGUUUUUCUCCUCUUACCACCCGUCAGAUCCCCACCCAAGGUAGCGCCAGAGUUCAGGAAGGAAGAUGGGCGGUGUAUGUUGCAGACCCGAGCCCAUAGACUUCGAUGGUGAUGCGACACUGUUUCAUUUUCAUCUGCUGAGGAGUAUAGGACGAGGCGCGUUUGGCAAGGUUCGAGUGGUACAACACAAGCAAUCCAAGAACCUGUAUGCCCUGAAGUACAUAAACAAGGCCAAAUGUGUCAAAAUGAAAGCCGUUUCGAACAUUAUACAGGAGCGGCGUCUGCUGGAGGAGAUUGAUCAUCCAUUUGUUGUCAAUCUGCGGUACGCUUUCCAGGAUGAUGAAAAUUGCUUCUUUGUCCUCGACUUGAUGCUGGGGGGUGAUUUACGGUUCCAUCUGGAACGGUUAGGGCGUCUACCAGAGGCUGCGGUGCGAGUGAUAGUGGCCGAACUUGGCUCAGCGCUCAAUUUCCUCCAUUCAAAACGUAUCAUCCACCGUGACUUGAAACCGGACAACAUUCUCCUUGAUGAGCGGGGUCAUGCCCAUAUCACCGAUUUCAAUAUCGCAGUCCAUUAUUCUGAACGGCGACUUCUGACUGGCGUCGCUGGCAGCAUGGCUUAUAUGGCCCCUGAAGUUCUGAACAAGAAGGGUUAUACAUACACUAUCGACUGGUGGUCCCUCGGCGUGUGCGCGUUUGAGCUUGUGUUCGGUCGAAGACCGUUCCGUGGCAAGACCAACUCGGAUCUUACACACUCCAUCACACGGGAGUCGUUGCGUUUCCCUGAUGGCGUGGAGGAGAAGUGCAGCAAGGAAGGUAUUCAUGCCAUUGCUUCUUUCCUGGACCGCGAUAUAAAUCGUCGUUUGGGGUGCCGGCCUCGGGGGGCGGGGUUUGAGGAUGUUGUGAAUCAUCCAUGGCUCCGAUCGGUCGAGUGGAACUUGUUGGAACGGAAAGAAUUUGAACCGCCAUUCGUACCAGAUUCGAAAAAGGCGAAUUUCGAUGCUACUCACGAACUAGAAGAGCUCCUGCUUGAGGAUAAUCCUCUCAAGGCACGCAAGCGGAACCCGAAUCAAGAUAUCAGCUCUCUCAGCUCAGAGAUGAGACAACUCGAAGAGCAAUUCACGAAUUAUGACCACGACAAGAUGAAGCGACGAUCUUAUUACCCGACUAAUCAGCAGAUCAUCUCCACGAUCACUGCAUCUUCCUCGGUAGCCAAUGGUCAGUCAUCAAGGCCGGGUACACCUGCUGCUAUCAGCGAUCCCGUUCUCGAUCCACAAACACGUUCUGUUAAUGCCCCACCGUUGCCUCGUACUCGCAUGAUGCCGAUGGAGAAAGAAGCCGUAGCUCUGUGGGUCCUGUCCCCUUAUACUCCACCCCUCAUCCAUGACGUUUUAUGCAUCAUUCAGGUUUCCCAUCUGUCAUUCCCUUCAGUAUUGUUACUGCUUCCACUUAGUCCAUCAUUAUAAUUGCCUCCAUAUUGGAGGUUAGCGCCACAACCAAUCUUGUUUCGCC